CAGCCGUUCAUGAGAGUUUAAAUGCUGGAGAAUAUUCCCAUCUUCCCACAGCUGAAGAAGAAGCAAGCAGGAGGAAUUACUCCAGGAGAAACUACUGACAUACUGUUGGAAAGAUGGAGUUUGAGGAAGAACCCUGCAGAAUGAGAGAUGAAGAUACAGAGGAACAAACAGAUGAAGAUGGAAACACUGUUUCACAGACCGAAGAGAUUUUCACACAAAAACGAGCUGAAAAAACUGGAGUCAAAGAUUCUUUUACCUGCUCCGAGUGUGGAAAAAGCUACUCACGUAAACAAGAACUUACGAAACACAUGAGAAUUCACACCGGAGAGAAUCUGUUCACAUGCACUCAGUGUGGAAAGGAUUUUGUUGACAAAAAAGGCUUGACCAGACACCUAAUGGUUCACACUAGACUGAAGAAGAAGCAAGCAGGAGGAAUUACUCCAGGAGAAACUACUGACAUACUGUUGGAAAGAUGGAACUCAGUGGAAGUGAAUAAGGACAAGCAGCAUCAGUUUCAAAAAACUUAUGUCACAAAUAAAGAUGGAAACGCUAUCAUUUCACAGACUGAACAGAAUUUCACACAGAAACAAGCUGUAAAAACUGAAGUCAAAGGAUCUUUCACCUGCACCGAGUGUGGAAAGAGUUUCAGUAAGAAAGGAAACCUUGCUGUGCACAUGAAAUCUCACACUGGAGAAAAAACGUUCACAUGCACUCAGUGUGGGCAGACUUUUGUACACAAAUCAAAACUCAAAAGACAUAUGAGGAUUCACACUGGAGAGAGGCCUUAUACUUGCACUCAGUGUGGAACCAGUUUCAUUGAUAAAGGACACCUAAAUGAUCACAUGAGAAUUCACACUGGAGAAAAACCAUUUGCAUGCACUCAGUGUGGAAAGAGUUUCAGGUGCAACUACUUACUCAAAGAUCAUCUUCGUUCUCACGCUGGAGUGAGAUCAUUCAGCUGUGAUCAGUGUGAUAAAACAUUUGUUGUGGCAUCAAGCUUAAGAAAACACCUUAAAAUUCAUGCUGCUGUGAAACCUCACGUUUGCUACUGUGGAAAGACCUUUGCUACAUUGAGCAUCUUAAAAACACAUGAGACGAUUCAUACUGGAGAGAAACCUUACAAGUGCUCACUCUGUGGAAAGAGUUUCGCUCGCUCAACAUCCUUGAAAAAUCAUGAGCAAGUUCAUACUGGAGAAAAGCCGUACCAGUGCUCUUCAUGUGGGAAGAGUUUCACCAAAUCAUAUUCGAUGGGACUGAAGGAAGACAAGCAGCAUCAGUUUGAAAAACCCCAUCAUUUUAAAAAUGAAGAUGAAUAUGCAGUCAUUUCACAGACUGAACAGAAUUUCACACAAAAACAAGCUGGAAAAACUGGAGCCAAAGCAUCUUUCACGUGCACUCAGUGUGGGAAGAGUUUCAGUCGGAAAUCAGAGGUUAACAGACACAUGACAGUUCACACUGGAGAGAAGCCUUAUACAUGCACUCAGUGUGAAAAGGGUUUCUUUGACAAAGAAGAACUAAAUGUGCACAUGAGAAUUCACACUGGAGAAAGUCCGUUCACAUGCAUUCAGUGUGGAAAGAGUUUCGAGAACAUCUCAAAGCCGUGGAUUCUUCUAUUGCCUACCUCUCUGGACAUUGUUCGCCGAUCUCAGACCCACGCUAGCUUUUGGAUUACUCUUAGUCUUGCCCUCAUAUACCUGUUUGCCAUUGUCUGA